CAGGUUUUAGUUAAGAGAUAUUAAAGCAAAUUCACUUAAAUAGCUCCUCCAACCUAACUUCAGAAAGGCUACCUUGGCAGUCUUGGAUCAACAGCAAUCAAACUUCAGCCUCGGAACUGGAAAGAACAAACCUGAAUGUAAACACCACCUGUCAAGUUCUUGGUAAAUAUUUUCCUUCUUUUUCUACUGAGCCUGCUCUUGUUUGAAAAGGAGAGGGACAUACCAGUUCCAACUUGACUUGUCACAGCCCCUAAUUCAUUGUGGGGUUCAUGGCAACACCCUGAAACCCGAGGCUGCUUGAGCCAGUGAUGUUCAUUUGGUUAUUAACCACAAUUGCUCCUGUACCUGUCAGAUCUGAGUUACUGUUACCACUGUGGGUAUUUCAGGCCACUGAAGAUGGGUAGGAUAAGGAUACAUGGUGCAUAACUUAGGGCUAUGUGGUGUUUGCCAAAUGCGCCCUCUACCCUCAAAAAUAUUCUCUGAACUGCUAAUCAUUAGCAGAACAAGUGGUCCAUAUCUUAAGCUACUCACUUCCUGCACUCCGCUCCCUUAUCCAUGCGUAGCUCUAAUCUUACCGGGAGUGGCAACACAGACGGUGCCAGCACCGUCAAUAGUUCUAUCUGAGCCUUUCCUCGCGGGCCCGGAGGACCCGAACAGCUGGGCAACUGUGAGGGUGCAGGGCGCGCGGAGGGGCACGCGGGGGCGAAGAGUGUCGCCGAAUACAGCCCGGUACGUCGUCGCAGCUUUAAACUGGUAAGGUCGUGGAGCCGGACGCCCCUUUCCAUCCUUCGAUGGGAUUUACCUUCUCUUCCGGCGUCGUUAUCUCCGAGAGGUCCCUUUAAGAAAAACAGUAGUGGACCGUUCAGCCGCAGCAGAGGGAAGUGUGGGGACGAAGCUAAGGUCGCCCGAGUCUCGCCCGCGGGGACCGUUAAGGCAAGGGUGCGGCGGCAGCUAUGGUUUGCGGGGAUGGCCUGGGAUUCCGCUGGGCCGGAAGUGCCCCUCGUCGCCAUGGCUACAGGCGCGGGCGCCGCCCGCAACGUUCAGUUUCCAUGGUAACCCCAUUGUCUCAGUAGCCGGAACUCCGGCGGCGGGCGGGAAAGGUAGAGCUAGGUGAGCUCCUCUCUUCCGCAAGGCAACCUAACGGUGCCUUGAACGAGGUCCCAAGAGGCCGGUACACUGAAGCCGCCGGCGGAAGCCGAGCCGCCAGGCUGAGGGAGCCGGGAAGUCUAGUUCUGGGCCGUGGCUCCUCUGCCUUCGGCCAGGAAGAAGAUGCGAGCCAGCCCCAUCCGCAUCCCGACUGUCAGCAAUGACACCGACUGGGACUUCUGCUUCCAUCUGUCACAGCAAACCAAGAUCCCAGAGCAUCAGCAAACAGAUGAGUUGUAUCCCACUAGUGGGUCUGGAGAGAGCGAACAAGAUGCUAAAGCCAAGGAGGAGAAGGCCAUAGACCGUAUGUCUCUUCCCAAAGAGAAACUGGCCCAAUCCCAGAAGAAAGUAGCUCAGCUGAUUAAGGGAAAAAUGAUAAUAAAACAAAAAACUCACUGGAAUACCCAAGCAAAUGAGGAGCUGAUUUGCUGUGUCAUCCUUUCUCGGAUUAUUUUUGGGGAAGAACCCUGGAAAUGUGCACAGGCUUUGGCCACCCUGGCUUAUGGCUACGUGACACUGAGAGGUCUCCCAGCUCAGGCCAAGAAACAUGCCGAGUCUGCCAAGAACACACUGCUGACCUGGAAGGGAAACACGACCUCAGACAAGGAGAGAAAGGAAAUCCUGGAAACUCUGGUCAUGCUCUACUACACUCUGGGGGUGGCCUGGCUCCUACAGAGUUGUGGCAGAGAGGCUUAUUUCAACCUGCAGACGUCAGAGAGAAACAUGGAGGAGCUGAAAAAAUCAUAUAAAGGAGGUGCUUCUGGAUUACAGGUCUCAGAGAAAGACCUAACAAUUGCUUUGGGCAGAGCCUCCUUGGCCAACCGCAGGUUAAACCUAGCUCUGGCAUACUUUGAAAAGGCAGUUGACAAUGUUAUUGCUGCUAAGGGUGUUAGGACAUCAGAUCUGGUUGGUCUUUAUGAGGAAAUUGCUCAGAUCGAGCAGCUGAGGAGGAACCAUGACCAGGCCAUCCAGUACUUGCAGCAGGCCUAUUCUAUCUGUGUUUCUUUGUUCACUGAAGUCAGCCCCCAAGCUGCAGAGGCGAGCACGUUACUAACCAAGGCUUAUGCCAUGUCUGAAGAGGCCCAACACAGGGAUGCUGUUGAGAUAUAUUUUAUAAAAAGCAUCACUGCAUAUCAAACAACAUCGGGCCCAGAGGAUUAUGAAACACUGACGACCAUUGAAGAAUUUUGCAAAUGGCUUGUUCAAAAUGGGGAAAAACAGGCAUGUGAGAAACAGGUGUGAUCUGACAUGGUUUUGUUGGCCAUGUGAAAACCAGCUUAAGAUGAACAUCUUGACUCUGUGAUAAGACACCAGUACCAAUGCCUGACAGCUGUCUGCUUCUAACCGAGUGUACCAAGCUCCUAGACAGAGAUGCAGAAGUGUCUUGAGUGCCAGGUGGCUCUGAAUCUAAAUCACAAGCAGGACUGUGGACAGGUCACCUUUACUACUAAGAAACACGCUCCAUGAGGACAAGGGUUUUGUCUGUUUUGUUCACUGCAAUGUCCCUAGUGCCUGAAACAGUAACUGGCACAUAGUAGGUGCUCAAUAACUAUUGAGUUACUUUGCUGAAUUUUAUAACACAUUUCAUGUGGGAUAAUUACAUUUUAAAAGGAGCUUUUUCUCCCAACCUCAAGCCUGAGAUGAGAUUCUCAGCCUGUUCUAGAGGACCAUAACAGAAACUCAGAUGAUUUGGGAAUUGUGUUCCCAUCAAAUAUAACAUUUUUUUUUCAAACAGAGAUUUAAUCUGCCACUGAUAAAAGAUAAACAGGAUCCAUUGGCCAGAACUGCCAUCUUCCAGUAAUUUCUUAAAACGGUGAACACAAAGGGAAAGAGGAGAGGCAUCCACUAUAUGUUCUCUAGGCCUUUUAGAAAACAUGGAGUUAUUUCUUUGGCCAUAUCCUUGGGGAUCUACAGGAAAGGUGAUCUUGUAUACAGUAAGGGAAUGGGCAUUGUUCAAAAAGGAAUGCCCAGAAAUGUUACCGUGGCAAAAUUGGAAGGGUCUACAGUGUUACCCAGCUUGCUGUUGGCAUUGUUAUAAACAAACAAGUUAAGGGUAAUCCUCUUGCCAAGAGGAUUAAUGUACAUAAUUGAGCAUAUUAAGCACUCUAAGGGCCGAGAUAAGUUCCUGAAAUGCAUGAAAGAUCAGAAAAAGAAGGAAGCCAAAGAGAAAGUUACACGGGUUCAACUGAAGAGCCAGCCUGCUCUACCCAGAGAAGCACACUUUGUGAGCACCAGGAGCCUGAGCUACUGGAAUCAAUCCCAAUGAAUAGCUAGACUAAAUAAGAACAACAGAGAGAAGACUCAAAUAAAAUCAGAAAUGAAAGAAGAAACAUUACAACUGAUGCCACAGAAAUUAAAAGAAUUA